AUGCUUCAGCUUUGGAAACUUGUUCUCUUAUGCGGUCUGCUCACCGGGACCUCAGCGUCUCUUUUUGGAAAUCUUGGCGACGACCUUUAUAAUGUUGUGAACAAGCUGAAACCUGCUGUUGAGAAAGGACUUAAGACCAGUGACAAUACACUUGAAUCUGUCGUUCAGAAACUGACCGCCAACUUGGAGAAGCUUCAGAAAUCCAAGGCUUGGCUCCUGGCCUAGGAGAAAGUGCAGGAAAUGAGUAACUUGGUGAACGAUGCUCUUUCUAAGAUCACUCCAGCUAAAGAUGAGACUUUGGGGUUGAACAUCAUUAACUACCGCAUCCUGAAAAUCAAAGUUGAACUGACUCCUGAUGGCGAAGUCAUUAACAUAAGGGUCCCCAUCGUCGCUAAUGUCACCCUGGCCCUGCCUGUCAUUGGCCAGGUGGUCAACCUGAAGGCCUCUUUGGACCUCCUGACUGAUGUCAGAGUUGCAAUCGAUGCCCAGAGUGCCCCCAGAGCGAUCAUAGGAAAAUGCAGCGGUGAUCCAGACAGCAUCUCACUCGCCGUGCCGGACAGCCACAAUACUCUGAUGGAGAAGGCCGUGAACACUGUGAGCAACUUCCUGACAAAGACCGUGUCCCGCCUGGUAGAGAAGGAUGUGUGCCCACUGAUCCACACCUUACUUUCCACUCUGGAUGUGCAUAUUGUUCAGGACAUUAUUGAUCGGUGCCCAGUGUCCCUGGUAGCAUCUCCAUCUGGGAAAGGUGCAGCCACGCCCCAAGCAGAGUGA